CUGUUUAACUGACUUGAAUAGGGGAGUGGAUGACCUGACAACGCAGAAGACGACAGGAGGAAUAAUGGCAUCAGCUCUUCUUCCUUCCUCUCACUCCCUCUGCAAAUCCAAUCACUUUUUCCCCUCAAAUCUUCCAAUCUUCAGAUACCGAGCCAGAAGUGCACUGAACCAGAAAAACAGGAAAUUCCCACUCAUUUCUUCUUCUUCCUUGGAACAUAAUUCGGAAAAUGGCGUUGGGAGACGUGAUUUAAUGCUUUUUGGUCUUUCUUCUCCAUUAUUUUUUGUAUUACCUCCUUCAGAUUUAGUCGCUGUGGCCGAACCAGAAGAAGAUGUUAAAAUGUCGUCAGUUGUUGAUGAGAUAAAUGCUUAUUCUUUUCUGUACCCAGUGGAGUUGCCAUCAAAGAAGUUUACGUUCAGAUGGGUUGAAUCCAGAAAACCAGAGCGUUAUUCAUCAGCUGCCCCGCUAUCUCCUGAUGCACGGCAACGGAUUGUGUCUGAGCGUGUUGACAUAAUUGAUAACCUUAUUAUUUCUGUCUCGAUAGGUCCUCCCAAUUCACUGUUAAAAUCGAAGGACAAGAGUUCAUGGAAUGCAAAAGAUGUCGCUGAUUCUGUUCUAUCUGACAAAUCUGCAUUGCGUAUCACCUCAGCACAACGGAUGGCAGAGAGUUCUGUUCUUGAUGCACAUUCUAGUGAAAUUGAUGGAGAGCCUUACUGGUACUAUGAAUACCUUGUUCGCAAAUCCCCUACAAAAUCUAUUCAAGAACCAAGUAUUUACCGGCACUAUGUAGCUUCAACUGUUGAGCGAGAUGGUUAUUUGUACUCACUGAAUGCUUCUACUCUUGGCAAGCAGUGGAACUCUAUGGGGCCUCUCUUAGAGAAAACAGUGGCAUCUUUUCACCUUCUCCCUCCCACAGACAACUAUGUCCCUCCAUUUAAGGAUCCCUGGAGAUUUUGGUGAUGAAAUUUUUGUAUUUGUUAAAUUUCAUUGUCUAUAAGAUGAGGUUGGAGAUUUUUUGUAUUUGUGUCAUUUCCCUUGUAUAUGCAAUUCUCGUUUGAUCCUUGUGAAUACACUAUGACUGUUAUCCUAAAUUUUCAUGCACUCUGCUGGG